CUGUUAAAAUGUAUAUUGUGUAAAUUCACCAUUAUUUUUAUUAUAUUUACUUAUUACAGGAAAUCUAAUAGCUAUAAAUUAACACUAUAUGGUACAUACAUAUCAAGGAUCGUAAUAAUCUUACUUCUAUUAACAAGCGCGAAUGCUCGUAUAUCCGUUAUGUACGCACAUGACAAGACAUCUGAUAUAGUCGCAGACCAAUGUCUUAAUGAAAUGUAUCCAAAAGGAAAACGUGUGGAAUUUCAAGAAUCCGACGAAGCUUGUAUAAUAUUUUGUGUGUUGAAAAAAUUGGGAAUCAUGAAUUCAAACGGAGGAAUAAAUUUAGAAAUCUAUCGUAAAAGAGUUCAAGUGGCACAUCAACUGGAUCAGCGGAAGUUAAUGAGUGAUAAUGGCAGCUCAUGUGCAGAGAAUGCGGAUUCAAUUCAACACAAGCAAGACGUUUGCAAAAAAGCAAAAGUGUUUAACGAUUGUACCCAUCUGUAUAAAAUUUUAUUAUAA